AUGACAGAGGUUUCAGGGACCUUGAAGGAGGCAAAAUGUAAUGGGAAUAGAAUCCCCGAACAUGGUCAACAAAUCGCCAGUAAAAUCAAUGAGGAAAUGACUGAUGUGGAUAAGACCCCACCAUUCUACAGGGGGGAUUCCAGUUCUGAAGAUUUAUGCACAGAAGGAAAUCAGGAACAAAGUGGAAAAUCACCAGGGCACACAUUGACAAGUUGGUGCAUGGAUGAGAAGAUUGUAAAAGAAAACCCAGAGGAGAAUCUCUUCAUUGUUCAUAAAGCCAUCACUGAUCUUUCUCUCCAAGAAACAAGUGCUGAGGAAAUGACAUUCAGAGAAGGUCAACCAUGGGAGAAGAUUCCUCUCAUCAGCAGUACCCAGGAAAGAAGCCGCCUGAGGGAAAGUAUUGCUGAACAACCUCUUGAAGAGGUAGAUGAGGAUCAGGAAAACAAAGCUCCUCAGGCAACAGAAAUUGAAUGGCUGGGAUUUCGGAAACCUAACCAAGUUGACAUAUUGCAAUCUAAACACUAUGAAGAGCAAGAGGUAUGGAAUGCAGAAACUCAUGAUGAUGAGGUGGAGGAUUGCAAUGAUGAUGAAGAUGAAGUUCGAGUAAUAGAGUUUAAGAAAAAACAUGAGGAAGGCUCUCAAAUGAAGGAGGAGGGUGACAUGAGUGAGGACUCCCCACUGAGCAGCCCCAGUUCCCAACCUGCCACACCUGAUGAGCAGCCAAUGCUAGCAAAGAAAGGCGAUAUCUCCAGAAAUGCUUACUCUAGAUACAACACAAUAUCCUAUCGCAAAAUCAGGAAAGGGAAUACCAAACAAAGAAUUGAUGAAUUUGAGUCUAUGAUGCAUUUAUAA